GUUUCAUAAACAAAAAGUCGUUAAGUAACGAGUUCGUAUCACUGCAUUGUGAUAAUAAUGCCGUUCAUUGGUAAUUACAUUGAAGUUCGAAGCGUAAAACACAAAUAGCUUUUAAAUUAAAUUAUGGCCGACGUCCGCACUCGAGUUGUGGUGUCCGUGGCGCUCGCACGACCGUCUAAUUAGCGUCGAUAUGUUGUUUAAGUGAAUAAUGAAGUAAAUAAAAUAUUAAGUAGUGUUAUCAUUGGAUCGCGUGCCGCUUUCUUCCAUCGUUUAGUGCGUCCGCGACUGUCAGUCGAGCGCGACAUGAGUCUGUGCGCGCGGGACGACUCCAAGCCGCUAUUGCCUUCGCCUUCUAUAAUACCAGAAGAACCCCAUCCACGUGACAGUCCAGCCGCCAUCCAAACAGUAGAAAACAUUAGACUGCAGAGCUACCGAGAAGUGAAAGAAAAUAUAACCGUGAACACUCCGUCUGGAGAAGUUCUUGCGUCACAAAAUAGAGCAACGAUUGUAUCAAGAUUAGAUUUGAUUACUUCAAUAUCUCCAACGAGAAAUAAAAUAUUGGAGCUUUUACGACCAGAAGACCCCGGAAAAGAUACUCUGGAAGCUAUAGUGCGACCGACGCCAAGACGAGGACUGGUGCGACCCUAUGACGAAGACACCAGACGAUUUCUUCAGCGAGCCCUUCUGCCGCCUGAUUCUCAACAAUUUUCCCGGUUAUCUAAAUCAGAUAGUGACCAACGAAGAUCAGUUGCAGAAAACGAACGCGAUGAAAUAGACAACAAACAAAAAAGAGAGAUUCAUGACUUCAAAAAAGAACGAUCUCUAGCGGAGGAGCUCAGAGAAGCUGAGGAAGAUGAGAAAUCAGGACCACAUAUACGGAAACAACUUCUUAGAGAGUUUAGAAAACGAGGCGGAGGGACUCGGGAGGCCAUGGAGAGAGACAGGCUCGGAAAACUGGCUCUAGCUGUUGAAGACGACGAAGAAAUUGACGACGAUUAUAGUUUAUCGGCUGCAGCCAGGAAAUUAGAUGCGCUACUCGUGGAGUCGAGGAACCUGCAUGAGGAGCUGGCCGGCAUCCACCAGGACAUCCAGACACAAUGCGCGCGAGCAUGUCGUUGUACGGCAGCGGCUCGCGCGCUCUCAGCGGAGUCACGGGCGCUGCGGUACCUGGAUGACGUGGUGGCCCUACUGAGGGGAGACCUGGAUGCGGCCAGGCGGACCAGGGCCUGGCCCUUCGCCUUCGGAGCCCGCCAGCCCGGCAGGAACUACAUCAUUUGAUUACAGCGACAUAAUACAACCUCGAGCGGGAGAUACCUCGAGUUAUCAGAGUCAUCAGAAUACUCUUCACAAAUAAUUUUAGGAUUCGUUAGCUGCAUUUCUAUUAAAAUAUGUAUGCGAGAUCAUUUUUUUAUUAUUAUAUAGCUUAUGAUUGUCAUAUUCAGUAACCUAAAUGACAUUAAUUUAUUGAAAUAGAAAAAAAAAGUUUUUAUAAAAUCCAAUAUGGUGGAUGUUUAUUAUAUAAGUGGUAUAUGUUUAUAUCUAGUCUACAGUUUUCAGCUAGUCUGCCGAAAAAGGCUUUAAAUAUUUUUGUCAAAAUAUUCUUGUAAACUUCAUCACCACUGUUUAAUUAUACAAAAAUAUUUUGUUCUAUAGAAUUUCAUUAAGGAAUAUGCACUUGUAAUAAAAACAGUUAUAUCUAAGAGCACCAAGACUGAUUUAAAAGGUUAGUGAAUCUCAUACGAGGAAAAUUAAUUGAUAUAUUAUAAUUUUUAUACAAGUCCUGAAUAGAACUGUCGAAUAAGAUGUUUUAUACGCAAAUAUGUAUAUGUAAAAUGUUUAUUGUGUUAAUUAAGUCCCUGGCGUUGUUGUUACAUUGUUGUAAUUGCGUAACUGGUAAAAUUUAUUAAAAGUCAAUGCUUUAAUUUUUAUUUAGAAAAAAUUACAUGUUUAUUGAUUGAUGAUCGCUAAGCGAAUUUUGUAAUAAAUUUUUAUACACCGAU